UCUAACAACAUGGAUUCUAGACCCUCUCUGACUGAAGAUGAUUUCUCCUGUCCUGUGUGCUGUGACAUCUUCAGUGAGCCUUUGCUCCUGGCCUGCUCCCACAGCAUCUGUAAGCGCUGCCUGCACACCUUUUGGCAGCAGCGAGGAGUUCUAGAGUGUCCUAUCUGCAGGACCGUGUCCUCCAGCUUUGAGCCUCCGGUCAACAUCGUGCUGCACAACAUGUGUGAGGCGGUGCUGAGGGAGCGGAACCGGAGGAUGUCAGUGGAGAUGGAGGGGCUCUGUAGUAUACACCGUGAAUCUCUUUCUCUGUUCUGUGUAAAGGAUCAGAGGCCUCUAUGCACCAAGUGUAAGAACUCCAGAUUACACAGCAGGCACACCGUCUGCUCAAUACAAGAAGCUUCUCAAGACCUCAAGUCAGCACUCCAGAUGAAACUGAAGACGUUACUUGAGAAAAUUAAAAUCUAUGAGGACUUUAAACAAUCCUGUAUUAAUACUGGAAAUCACAUUAAGAAGCAGAGCCAAACCACAGAGACACUGAUCAGGAGUGAAUUCCAAAGGUUUCACCAGUUUCUCUGGGAUGAAGAAGAGGCUAGAAUAGCUGCAUUGAAAAAGGAUGAGGAGCAGAAAAGUCAGAUAAUGAAGACAAAGAUUGACAAGAUCACAAUACAAAUAUCUAGUGUCCUGGACACCAUCAAGGCCGUUGAGAAACAGAUACAAGGAGACAAUUUGUCAUUUCUGUUGAACUACAAGGCUUCACUUGAAAGAACUCAAGCUAAACUAGAAAAUCCAGAAAAAUUAUCUGGAGUUCUGAUCAAUGUGGCAAACCAUUUGAGUAACCUGAUGUUCCAAGUGUCAGGGAAAAUGCAGAGCCUUGUACAAUACAGUGAUUUUUAUAUAAUCAUCCCAUUUGAUCCCAACACUGCUCACGCUGGCCUCAUGGUGUCUGAUGAUCUGAUCACAGUGGAGUAUAAAGGCGAGCUUCAGCAGCUUCCCAAUAACUCGGAGAGGUUUGAGGGUUAUAUAAGUGUUAUAGGCUCUGAGGGCUUAAAUUCAGGCACACCCUACUGGGAUGUUGAGGUUGGAGACAACACAGCAUGGGCUGUGGGAAUCAUCUCCGAGUCUGUGUAUGAGCACAGAGAAAAUCUUUCUCGGUUUGGUUUGUGGUAUGUGGGCUUCUGCAAUGGCAAAUAUGGUAAAGGAUAUGCACCUGAGAUAUUGACCCUGUUGCGGGUUAGUGAUAAGAUCGAGAGGAUAAGGGUCCAGGUGGAUUUUAAUAAGGGCAAAGUGAUCUUUACUGACUCAGACCGUAACAUUUGCCUGCACAUUUUCAAACAAUCAUUUAGGGAGAGAGUUUUCCCUUAUUUUUACAGCCACUGCAAACUACAUCCUCUGAGAAUAUUACCUCUAAAGUCCUCAGUGACCAUUCAGAUGGACAGAUAAUAAUAAUACCUGACACAAUGAAUUGUACUCAUGUCCUGGCCUCUUACUCCAUAAUCUCUGAAAGAUAUGCUGAAUCAUGGCUGUCAGUUAUUUUUACAAUUACUCAGUACUGUACAAACAUAAACGUGUGCCUAUAAAGAAGUCAUAAAAAAAUUCAAUGAUCAUAGAAAAGAAGGGUCAUGGACAUUUGUGUAGCUAAUAGCUGUUUUCAAGUAGUGUGCCAGAGCAAGAUAUCAUAUUUAAUAAAAAUAAAAAGCUAUGACAGGAUGAGUAAUAUAUUGAUUUUAUCACUGGUAAAAUCACGCUUUGAGUGCCUAAAAUUUCCUCACUCAUGGUCAUAUAUCUACACUUAAAAGUUAAUCUUGCAGCAGUACCUAAGAGGUAAAUAAUUCAGCAGACACGUUUUGGGAGAGUAGCAUUUUGUUAUUAAAAAGAUCAUAUUUACAUAACCGUAUAAUAUGGCCAAGCUUGGAGACCUUGAUCUCAGAGCAGCAGACUCAAAGCUCAGAUAGAUACAAUGCUGUAUACAAGAGACAUGUAAUGUGAGGUACAAUGCUGUAUAGAGGACACAUGUGCUAUAAGGAACAAUACUGUAUGUAAAACACAAGUGCUUUGAGGUACAAUGCUGUAUGUAAGACACAUAUAAUAUGAGGUACAAUACUGUAUGUAAAACACAUGUUUUAAUGUACAAUGCCGUAUGUAAAACACAAUUGCUGUUAGGUAUAAUGGCGUAUGUAAAACACACGUAAUACACAGUAAGACACAAGUGCUAUAUGGAACAAUACUGUAUGUAAAACACAAUGCUUUGAGGUACAAUGCCAUAUGUAAAACACAAUUGCUGUGAGGUACAAUGUCGUAUGUAAAACACAAUUGCUGUGAGGUACAAUGCCGUAUGUAAAACACAAUUGCUGUGAGGUACAAUGUCGUAUGUAAAACACAAUUGCUGUGAGGUACAAUGUCGUAUGUAAAACACAAUUGCUGUGAGGUACAAUGCCGUAUGUAAAACACAAUUGUUGUGAGGUACAAUGCCGUAUGUAAAACACAAUUGCUGUGAGGUACAAUGUCGUAUGUAAAACACAAAUGCUGUGAGGUACAAUGCCGUAUGUAAAACACAAGUCAUACAGAGUAAGACAAAAGUGCUAUAUGGAACAAUGCUGUAUGUAAAACACAUUUGUUGUGAUGUACAAUGCCGUAUGCAAGACACAUGUGCUGUGAGGUACAAUGCUGUAUGUAAAACACAAGUAUUACACAUUAAUACACAAGUGCAGUGAGGUACAAUGCCGUAUGUAAAACACAAUACACAAGUGCUAUAUGGAAAAAUGCUGUAUGUAAGACACAUUUGCUGUGAGGUUCAAUGCUGUAUGCAAGACAUGUACAUGCAGCAUACAUACACCAUUUGUUGAUCUGAAAACUUUUCCUUUGUAGUGCCCAAGUAACAUCCAGCAGCUGUUUUCUUAUUCCUGUAUUUGCAUAUACAUGUGAACAAUACAAUAAAGGAACCAUUCAAUCUCCUGUUAGAUAAGUGUGACUAUUUAUGGCUUAAUGAAUUCCCCUGUACUCCUGCUGAAUACUUUUUCAUUUUUUAGUGAGCUCGAACUAACAUGAAACAUUGUCUACUGUCCACCACUAUAUUGAGGUAUAUUUUGCAGUUAUUGAUUAACAUUCCAAAAAUUUAUUAUUUCUUUCAAUCAUUGUCAGUAAACACUAAAUCCUGUUCAGGAUUGGGAACACAGUAUACCCUGAAUGGGAUGCCAUGAACACACAUUCACACAACAUUCCCAACUUUUCUCCACAAGAGGGAGCUAUUAACAUUCAAUAAUCCUUGUGUUCCUGCAGAUGAUAUUGUGAUUUGUGGUGAGAAGAGGGAGCAUGUUGAGAAGAGC